UUAAUUAUUUUCAAAAAAAAUCAAAAAAUGCUUUUUUUCUUUUUAUUAUUAAUUUUUUUACUCAUUAUUAUGUAUAUAUAUAAAAAAUAUAAAUUUAUAGAGAAUUUAAACAAACAAUACCCAUUUCCAUCAUAUUUUUAUGGUAAAACUAUAGUUAUUACAGGAGCUAAUUCAGGAUUAGGGGAAGCAUUAUCAUUUCUAUCAGCAAAAUAUGGAGCAAAAGUGGUAAUGUCUGGUAGAAAUAUGGAAAAUUUAGAAAAAGCAAGACAAAAAAUAAUUGCAAAUUUACCAGAUUUGAUUUUUGUGCCAACUUUGUGCAUACUAGAUGUAUCAGAUCCCAAAUCCAUUUUCAAUUUCACUCAAGAAUUUGUAAGAAUAUUUGAUGAAUCAUCACCAGAUAUACUAAUUAACAAUGCUGGUAUAAGUUAUAGGGGCGAAAUAUCGAACACUGAGAUAUCAGUUCAUAGGCUAUUGAUGGAAACCAACUAUUUUGGGCCUUUACAAUUAAUAAAAGGAUUUUUACCUUACAUGAUUGAAAAAAGAUAUGGCGUCAUAGUUAAUAUUUGUAGCCUUCAAGGAAAACUGGCAAUUCCAUUUAGAUCUGCAUAUUCGGCUUCAAAGCAUGCCCUACAAGCAUACACCGAUUGUCUCAGAGCCGAGUUGUCGAAAUACAAUAUUUUUAUAUCCCUGGUCAAUCCAGGCUACAUAAACACGAAGCUUUCCUUCAACGCUAUCACAUACGAUGGGGCUCUAUACAAUAAAGUGGAUUCCACUACUACAAAGGGCAUGGAUCCUUUAAAGGUAGCCGACACCAUUUUAAGGGGUUUGUCAGGAAACCGACGUAGGACCGAAAUGAAUAUAUUCGAACCCAAAUAUCGAUUCGCUAUUAUUCUGAGAGCCGUUCUUCCUUUCCUGUAUUUCGAUAUUAUAUGUCGCAGGGCUCAGAAUCCACCCCCUUUUAACUUUUGUCACCCUUAAAUUUUUAAUUGUCCGAAUUCACACGAUUUAUAGCCUUAUUUACACAAUAUUAAAAAUAUUCUUUGAAAAAAAUAACAUCACUUCUCCACCUUUAAAGCUCUUUCUCAAGUGCGAUCAAAUUAUUUAGAUUCAUGAAAGUUUUUACUUGGAAAUAAAUAUUUUUGAAACAUUAAUAUAAAUAUGCGUCUUGGAUUAUUGAUAGUGUCAUUAAGGUAUAUCUUUUUUAAAAAUUAUAGACCAAAGAAUGUUACAUAAAAUGUUUGUAAACAUGAAGUAAAACUAAAGA